AUGGCAGGCGUACAGAAAAGGAGAAGAGAUCUUGGAGACCAAGACGGUAGCGGAAGUGAAGAAGAAGACGCCGCCUUCGACAUUGCCAACGAUAUCGCUUUGAAUGCCAGUGAAAGUGAUUCUGAUGAUUCCGGCAGUGAGGAAGAAGCUGAUUAUGGCCUCGGUGGUGUCCAAGAUGUCAUCGAGUAUAGCUCAGACGAAGAGGAGAAGGAAAAGAAUAAGAAGAAGACCGAUGCCAAGAAUACCAAGAAAAGCAAGGAAGGUAAUAAGACCAAGACUACGACCAAGACUAAGAAUGGUAAAAAAGAAACAGCAGCAUUUCCAACAUUGGAACUUUCAGACGAUGAAAACAGUGCACCUGGUAAAAAUCAAGCCGAUGAUGAUGAGGAUGAUGUCAAUGAAUAUUUCUCUACCACGAAUUUGGAAAAGUCAAAGCACAAAAAGGGCAGUUUCCCCAGUUUUGGUUUGUCUAAAAUAGUGUUGAACAACAUUAAGAGAAAGGGGUUCCGUCAACCUACACCCAUUCAAAGAAAAACUAUCCCAUUGAUUUUACAAAGUAGAGAUAUCGUCGGUAUGGCACGUACCGGUUCCGGUAAAACAGCAGCAUUCAUCUUGCCCAUGAUAGAAAAACUGAAGAGCCAUUCUGGUAAAAUCGGUGCUCGUGCUGUGAUUCUGUCGCCUUCCAGAGAGUUGGCCAUGCAAACGUUCAAUGUCUUCAAAGACUUCGCUAAGGGUACAGCGUUAAGAAGUGUUCUCUUGACCGGUGGUGACUCCUUGGAAGAGCAAUUUAGCAUGAUGAUGUCCAAUCCGGAUGUGAUCAUCGCUACUCCUGGUAGAUUCCUGCAUUUGAAGGUCGAAAUGAACCUCGAUUUGAAGAGUGUAGAAUAUGUCGUUUUUGAUGAGGCUGAUAGACUUUUUGAAAUGGGGUUUCAAGAACAAUUAAAUGAAUUACUGGCAUCCUUGCCUACAACAAGACAAACUUUGUUGUUUUCUGCAACCUUGCCCAACUCUUUGGUUGAUUUUGUUAAGGCCGGUUUAGUUAACCCAGUUUUAGUUCGUUUAGAUACUGAAACAAAAGUUUCUGAAAAUUUGGAAAUGCUAUUCGUCUCCACGAAAAAUGACGAUAGAGAAGCUAAUCUACUAUACAUUUUGCAAGAGGUUAUAAAGAUUCCAUUGGCAACGAGUGAGCAAUUGCAAAAACUUCAAAAGAGUAACAAUGAAGCAGCCGACAGUGAAUCAGAUGAUGAAAAUGACCGUCAAAAAAAGAGGAAGAAUUUCAAGAGGGAAAAGUUCCGUAAACAAAGAAUGCCUGGUGGUAACGAAUUGCCUUCUGAAAAGGCAACUAUUUUGUUUGUUCCAACCCGACACCAUGUGGAAUAUAUCUCUCAAUUGUUAAGGGAUUGUGGAUUUUUGAUCUCGUAUAUUUACGGUACUUUGGAUCAACAUGCUCGUAAACGUCAAUUGUAUAACUUUAGAGCAGGUCUGACUUCCAUCUUGGUUGUUACAGAUGUUGCUGCCAGAGGUGUUGAUAUCCCAAUGUUGGCUAACGUCAUUAACUACACACUACCUGGUUCAUCGAAAAUCUUUGUUCAUCGUGUCGGUAGAACCGCAAGAGCUGGUAACAAAGGUUGGGCGUAUUCUAUUGUGGCAGAAAACGAACUACCUUAUUUACUAGAUUUGGAAUUAUUUUUGGGUAAAAAGAUUCUUCUGGCACCUAUGUACGAUUCCCUCGCAGCCUUAAUGAAGAAAAGAUGGGUGGAUGAAGGUAAACCGGAAUAUACAUUCCAACCGCCAAGUCUUUCUUACACAAAGAGACUUGUCUUGGGUGCAUGUCCUAGAUUGGACGUGGAAGGAUUAGGAGAUCUUUAUAAAAAUUUGAUGACUUCUAAUUUCGACUUGCAGUUGGCCAAGAAAACUGCGCUGAAGGCAGAACAAUUAUACUACAGGACUCGUACUGCCGCAUCACCUGAAUCCUUGAAGAGAAGUAAGGAGAUUAUUGCAUCUGGCUGGGAUGCUCAAAAUGCAUAUUUUGGUAAGAACGAAGAAAAAGAAAAGUUGGAUUUCUUGGCUAAGUUGCAAAACAGAAGAAACAAAGAAACUGUGUUUGAAUUCACAAGAAACCCAGAUGACGAGAUGUCUGUGUUGAUGAAAAGAAGAAGAAGACAACUGGCCCCAAUUCAACGAAAGUCCCGUGAAAGAAGGGAACUAUUAGAAAAGGAAAGAAUGGCUGGUCUUUCACAUUCUAUUGAAGAUGAAAUUCUGAAGGGUAAUGAUGGUGAGACUGGUUACACGAUAUCCGAAGAUGCUUUAAAAGAAUUCGAAGACGCAGACCAAUUAUUGGAGGCACAAGAAAACGACAGUAAGAAGAAAAAUAAGCCAAAGACGUUCAAAGAUCCAUCUUUCUUCUUGAGUCAUUAUGCGCCAGCUGGUGAAAUACAGGACAAACAAUUGCAGAUAACUGGUGGGUUUGCAAAUGAUGCUGCACAUGCUGCUUACGAUCUGAACAGCGACGAUAAGGUGCAAGUUCACAAACAAACAGCCACUGUGAAAUGGGAUAAAAAAAGAAAGAAGUAUGUUAACACUCAAGGUAUUGAUAACAAAAAAUAUAUCAUUGGUGAAAGUGGUCAAAAGAUCGCGGCAAGUUUCAGAUCUGGUAGAUUCGAUGAUUGGUCAAAGGCAAGAAACUUAAAACCAUUGAAGGUCGGUUCCAGGGAAUCAAGCAUCCCAUCCAACCUGCUUGCAGAUCCUUCACAAGGCCCAGGUGCUCGUGGUGGGGCUGUUCGUGGGAAGUUCAAGCAUAAACAAAUGAAGGCACCUAAAAUGCCCGAUAAACAUAGAGACAAUUACUACACCCAAAAGAAGAAAGUUGAAAAGGCUCUUCAAAGUGGUGUUAAUGUAAGGGGUUAUAACAAUGCUCCAGGUUUAAGAAGUGAAUUGAAAUCCACUGAUCAAAUUAGAAAAGAUAGAGCUGCCGCAGAGAAAAAACGUGCAAAGAAUGCUCGUCCUACUAAAAAGCGUAAAUUUUAG